AUGACUUGCGCUCCAAAGAAAUGCGGCCCAGGUGGCCCACAGAUUUUCAAGACAGGCACAGAGCAACCACCAGCCUGCUACUUCUGGAACAUUGGUGAAAAGAACUGCGAUGCAGUUAAAGUUCUUAUUAAGCCUUCCCUCUUCAGAAAGUGGGAUCAGCUUCUCACACACCUUGCUAAGAGCUGUGAUGGCUGCGGCAGUGGUGUCCGUGCUCUCUACUCUCCACAGGGCAAGCAAUACAAGGAUCUCUCUGAAUUAACAAAUGGCCUUGAUGUUGUUGUUGUUCCAACAGGCUGCAUGUUCGAGAAGAAGAAGCUUCCAGUCAAGCUUUCCUCAAAGCUUGGACUUCCAUCAGAUUACUAA